AUGCAGCCUGCACGGCCGCCACGAGGCCCUGGAAGCUUCUCGCCGCUGCGGCCGCCAUCACCGACGCCAACCUCGGCCGCCCUGGUGGCAGCGACGGCGGCGAACAACUCGUCUCGCGCCAGCCUCUCGCCCACGUUUGACCAACCGUCACGCAUGGCACCAACACCGCCGACGCGGCCGCGCCGUGACUCGCCCGUGACCAGCGAUGAGAAUCCCCGUCUGUCGGCGCUGCCCCCGCCCUUGACGAUCAACAAGGUGCGCCAGCAGAUGCCGACACAGCAAACACAGCAAACACAAACACAGCCGCUACAACCGGGCAUCGCCGGCAGUGCCAGCACAUCAACGCCACCGACAGCCGCGCCCCCUGCUCACAGCAACUUCUCCCGCCCGACGCCCGUGACGGCUGCCGUCGCUGCUGCCGCCGCCGCGCGGCAAAAUGCAAACGCCAACGCCAACGCCGCCUCCACUGCAGCGGCCGCUUCGGCCGCCUCGGCUGGCGCUGCGGGACUCAACGUUGCUGCCGGCGAGACUCUGCGGGCCGUUUCGCCGCUGCCACUGACGCUGCCGACCGCGAGCAGCUCUUCCAACAAUACCAACACGGCAGCAGAAAAGACGGCCACGGCCGCCCCCACGAGCCCCAUCGCCUCCUUCAAGCCCUCGCACGCGCGCAAGCACUCCCAAACCGCCGGCCUCUUUGACGUCUCGCUGCCCUCGACCAACGGCGGCGGAAGCCUGUCCCAGGUCAUCAAUGCACAGCAGCAGGGGCAGGGGCAGCAAAACGCACGGCCGUCGUCCCGUGGUGGUGUCAACACGCCGCCUUUGCAGGAGCGGCGCGAGAUGAGUGCGAGCCAAAUCGCUGCCCAGGCGGCCGUCCUCCACCACAAACAGGGAACGGCACAAGGCCAAGGCCAAGUUCAAGGCCAGGGCUCGGCCAAGCUGACGCCCCAGCAGCAGCAGCAACUGCAGCAAGCGCAGCAGUCCCACAUGGUGCAGCAGCAGCAGCAGAUUCAAGGUCACCCUGCCCAGCAUGCGCAAUACGCCCACUCACAACCGCCCUCUCUCUACCAACAACACUCUCUCCAACAUCAGACGGGACCGCCGCAGCAUGUGCCGCAACACUCCCGCCAGCGGUCACAGACGGUGCCCGCACCCGGCGAGUCGUACGAAGCCGCUGCGGCCGCUUCGAACACCAGCACCAUCAACAAGAACAAGCGGAGCAGUGGUGGACCCCUGGUGCCGCCAACGUUGAGCUUGACCGAGGCCAGCGCCCCGCGCGAGAGCGGCUUCGGCGACCAGACGUACCACAACGGCCUACUCGGCAGCCACACGUCGGCCGCGCAGACGGCCGCCAACGUCGUGUUUUCGCGCGCGGGCGGGCCGCCGUCGCCCAAAAUGGCACAGCAGGCACAACAUGCACAACAUGCACAACAUGCACCGCUACCGCCUCCGCCACCGCCCCCGCCCGUCCCCGAGAAAAAGGCCGAAAAGUCCAAGGUCAAGCUCUUCUCGCGGCCCGGCAAGAUCUCCACCAAGGGCGAUGCAAAGGACAAGCCGCUGCCCAGCCCCAACAAGAUGGGCAUUUCGUCGGCCCUCGCCUCGCUGCAGCGCGCCAACUUUAGCACCACCAGCCUCGACUCGUCCAGCCAGUCGUCCUUUUACAGCCUGGGCAACUCGUCGGCCGCCACCAUCCGCGCCGCCGACAGCGGCAUGGGCCCAUUGGGCAUGGGCUUGGGGCUGGUCGGGUCCAGCAGCAGCGCGACGCUCGGCGGCAGCGGUGGUCUCGGUCUUACGAGCACGGCCGCGGGCGGCGCUCCCACCUUUUAUGAAAAGGACAGCACCGCGAGCACGGCCGGCGGGAAAGACGGCAAGGACAAGGACAAAGAGGGCAAAGAGGGCAAGGAGGGCAAGGAAAAGAAGCACCACUUCUUGUCCCGCCAGAAACACAAGCUCAAGGACAAGGACGACUUCCAUUUGCCGCUGUCCUCGGCCGCCAGCAACUCGCGGCCCACCGACCCCAACGCCCCGCGCAGCCUCUACAAUUUCAGCUUGCCGCCCAACAGCCCCGGGCCGGCGUCCACCACCUUCAAGAGCAUGAGCGGUCUGGACCUGCGCCAUGGUGCGCGCGCCUUGCGCGACAAGAAGAAGGACAAAGAAGACAAGGCCGCGGCCGCGGCGGCCGCGGCCGCUGCUGCCAGCGCCGUCAACAUCGCCGCCAAUGGCGACUACACGCGCGCCGCGAGCAUCGAGCUCGGCGGCCUGGGCGGCGGCAUGGGCGGCGGCGCUGGCAGCGUCCAGGGCGACGUCUGGCCCGGCCCCGGCAGCUAUGGGUCGGGCGGCGCGGGCCUGCUGGCCGACUCGGCCGUCGACGCUGCCAAGUACGGCUCGAGCAACCUGAGCUACGACGACGCCUGGCCCUACCUCAAGGCCAAGUUGCAGGUCAUCUUUGAGGGCGAGGACCUGCGCAUCCCCGUCGAGCUGCUCAACCGUGUCGUCGUCAUGCACAUCCAGUACUGCAUCCAGCGCCGCUCGCCCAACAUCAUCCUCGAGGACCUGCGCGACCUGCUGACCAUGGGCUUCGCCUCCCUCGACCGCACCCUGCGCCAGACCCCCGAGGACCGCCUGAUCCCGGCCCUCGUCGAGCUGUGGCUCUUUACAUUUACGAGCAUUCUGCCGUACAUGCAGGCCGUCUUUUUGCCGCUUGAUCUCGAGUUUGCCGGCACGGGCACGCUCCUCACGCCUGAACAGGCGCGCGAUUUUUGGGGCGGCGUGACGGCGACGUCGGCAACCACGGCGGCUGCAACGGCUGCGACGGCUGCGACGUCCGCGACGACCGCGACGACCGCAUCCCCCGCCGUCGCGCCCGUCUCGGCCGUCCUCGAUGUCCGCCGCCUCGUGCUCGCGUCCUACCGCGACACGGUCAUCCUGCCCCGCUACGACACGCUCAAACCCAUCUUUUCGCGUCUCUCGCUCGAGUUCCUGCCCCAGUCGCUCGCCGGCAUGGCCAUGGCCCGCGCCUCGCCCACCAUGAUGACGUCGCCCAGCAGCAUGAGCAUGGGCAUGGGCAUGAGCCAAACAAAACCCAUUCCCAUCCAGCAGCGCCCCGGCCGCUCCAACUCGUCCUUGGCCGCCGCCGCCGCGCACAGCUACGGCAGCUUUGGCAGUACCACCACCAGCAACGACCGGCCCGGCACGGCCAUGUCGUCGCUGGACCCGAGCGGGACGGCCACCCUCAACCUCAACGGCAGCAACGACACGGGUGGUGGUGGCAUGGCCAGCGGCAGCCGGUCCCGCGCCAUCAGCAACGUCUCCUUUGCGAGCAGCAACGAGCCGCGGCCGUCGUUUAGCUCGUCCGUCAGCGGGGGCGCCCUCACGACGGUCACGAGCGUGAGUAACAGCAAUGGCAACACAAACGGCAAUGGCAACGCCAACGCCAACGCCAACGCCAAUGGGGGCGGCCCCCCUCCUUCGUCCGGCGGCGCCAGUCUGCUCGGCAGCGUCCGCGAGCAAAACGUCGAGGACAGCAAACAGGUCACGGAAAUGGUCGGCCGCAUGCUGCAGUGCAUGAGCGUGCUGGCCGGUGUGGGCGUGGCGGGCGAGUCCUCCUCCUCGGCUGCAGCGACCAACGCCGCCGCCCCCGACGGCGACGACGGCAACCGCCGCGUCGAGGAGUUGAGCCGUCUGCUGAAGCUCAACUGGCUGGGCCGCGGCCGGACGGGACGGAACCGGCGCGGCAUGGUCGGAGGACGGGUGAAGCGAGGCGCGGGGCUGACAGGGGGCGGUGCUGGCGGUGCUGGCGGUGCUGGCAGCGGGGGCGAGUCGUUUGCGACGAGACAAGGCCUGAGUGUGGCCUAG